CCUGUGCAGAUCCCCGGGGCGGCGAUGGACCGGGUCAGCCUGCUGUGGCGUCUGAGGCGCCGGGCUCGCCGCGGAGCGCUCUGCAUGGCCUUCUUCUGCAUCUCCAUGGCGCUGCUCUACGCCCUCUGCGCUGAGAACAGCGUGCCCGUCACCGACGCCAUCUUCGGCAUCCGGGCACGAACUCGGGCUCAACCUCGAGCGCAUUCAGUCAUCAAGGUGCUGAGAGGCGGAGCCAAGCCCAUGUACAUCGAUCCUCAGAAGCUCCCGGGUGUCGUCCCAGGUGACCCCCACCGUCCAAUCCCCGUCCUCUCCUCUCCCAACCACACCCACGACGGCGGGGAGUCGCCGUCGAAGCGACGGUCGAGGGAGCGCGAACCCUCCGGCUUCUUCAGCCGGCUGCUGCCGCGCCCCUUCACGCGAGCGCUGGAGACCCUGUUCGGAGGCCGGCGGAGGGGGGAGCUGAGCGGCAGGGGCGGGGACGCCGAGUUCUUCGGGCCUCACGGGCUUCUGGGGGAGGUGUGGGACGACGAGAUGUCCAGCAGCAUGCUGGGAAGCAGGCUGAGGAAGGUGGUGCAGAACUACCAGGCGAUGAAUAAAUAUGGAGUCCAGUUGUCGGGCCCCGGCGGUGUCUCCAGCCGGCCCAAGCUGAGCGGUCCUGAGCUCCUCUGCCAGCUAAAGGACAACGUGGAGGUCAUGACUUUGACCGCCGACCUCCAGCCCUUCUCGGCGCUGCCCUGGGCCGCCCAGCUGCCGCCGAAGCCGCUGACCUCUGACCUCGGGCCAUACAAGAGUUGCGCUGUGGUGUCGUCGGCCGGGUCGCUGCGCUACUCUGGGCUGGGCAAAGAGAUCGACUCUCACGACGCCGUGCUGCGCUUCAACGCCGCGCCCACCGCCGGCUACGAGAAAGACGUCGGCUCCAAAACCACCAUCCGCCUCAUCAACUCGCAGGUGAUGGCGUCGGAUGACCACCGCUUCCUGUCCAGCUCUCUGUACAGCUCAGGUGUUCUGGUGGCCUGGGACCCCGCCCCCUUCUCUGCUGACCUCACACAGUGGUACAACCGGACAGAUUACCCCAUCUUCACCCAGUACCAGAGAUACCGGAGGCUUCACCCGCUGCAGCCCUUCUACAUCCUGCAUCCUCGCUUCGAGUGGCAGGUCUGGCAGCGAAUACAAGACAACAUGGCUGAGCCCAUCCAGAAGAACCCGCCGUCCUCCGGCCUGCUCGGCACCGUCCUGAUGAUGUCUCUGUGCGAGGUGGUUCACGUCUACGAGUUUCUGCCGUCCCGGAGGAAGACGGAGCUCUGCCACUACUACCAGCGAUUCUACGACGCCGCCUGCACGCUCGGCGCCUACCACCCGCUGCUGUACGAGAAGAACCUGGUCAAGCGCAUGAACCAGGGCUCCGACCGCGACAUCUACACCCACGGACGGGUGACGCUGCCCGGGUUCAGCAGGCUGAACUGCACCCAGGCCGCUGGAGGAGAACCCGACCACUGAGUGGAAGAACAGCGCAUUAAGCAGAACCGUGCAUGAAGAACAACGAGGACAGACGCAUGAAAACUUCAUAACCACUGCCGAACCAAAAGGAACGCUCUCUAUAAAUAUUACAUGUCGUUGCAUCCAGGCUGUCAACACAUCUGUUUGUCAUCACACACAAACACAAACACACUCGAGUCCAAUCAGCUGACACAUGUGCCUGCUGUAUACAUACAUAUCCUUAUGAGGACAUUCCACUUAGAAUUAUCGCCCGUGAAAGGACCAUACCACUGUUUCUGAAAACAACCAAAAGUCGUGUUUACUUGUCAUUACUGCUAAACAUUCACCUUUUAAUCACCUUAGGAUUAGAGGUUAAACAUCCAGCAUUUAAACCCUUAAGUUUGAAAAAAAUACCACAUUUUGGUGCAGAAGUGACAGAAAUUAGUUUUUUUUCUGAUUAUUAUCUCCUUAAAUUUAUCUUCAGGGCCCUGAAACACACCACAUUUGUAAGGUUCUACAGUUUUGGUUGAUGUCAACAAAUCAGCUGACACCUCUUAUGGUUAAAUUAUUAAUGUAUUGCUAUUUCCAGUCAAGUGACUCUAUACAGUUUAUAAAUACACGCUUACAAUAAUGAUUCAUUGCACAUUAGGCCAACAAAACCCUAAUAUAUUAAGCAGUUUCACAUUGUUUUCAUACUCGAGACUUAACUAAGAAACGUCAUCCAUCACAGUGAGCAAGUUCCUACAUUUCUUAUUGACAACAAACCAACAGUGUUUCAGACCAUCUCUUAAAGAGCCCACAUUCUGCACAUUUACAGGUGUAGAACUGUAUUUUUUGGAGCCUACUUGAAUAUGCUUCUGCAAUUUGAUGUUUAAAAAAAUAGAAUAUCGUCCUCAUACGUCACGUAUCAUAAUAAUUGCUGGAAUAAGCUGAGCAGCGAAAAGGGAGACCCGUCAGUCGGGCCGAGUGGAUCCAGGAAAGGACUGAGGAGAGGCAGGAGGGAGAUGUUAGCCGGAGUCAGUCAGGGAAUGCUUCAUGAAGAGGGACACGAGUAUUAGCAAAAGGCUAACGCUAAGGAACUACUGAAUGCAAGAACGUCUGCACCAAUGUGGCAAAGUAUUGAGGUUGGAAACAAGUUAUUAUGGCAAACGAUCUUCAAGUCUCCCCAAUUUCUGAAUGCCAACCGUUAGCAUUUCAGUUCCAUCAUGCUAAUGGAACCAUUAGCCACUUUAGCUCUUCAGUGUGCUAACACUAAGGAUUUUCCCAUUGUGGUGCAGGGAUGUCAUCAAAAAUAAAAGUAAUCCACUGGGUCUUUAGUUCCUCGGUUUCUGGGAGUACAUGAAGACUCUCGUGUUCACUCCUGCAGCCAACAGCGGAGCUUUUUUCUUGCUCGUCGCUGAGACGUUUUGGAGUUUAGCAGAAGCAGCUUGAGUGAGAAAAGUGUGAGGAAGCUGCUCAUUCUUUGUUUGAGGGUCAAGCUAGCUGGUAGGCAGGCGUUACGUAAACAGGAUGACAUAAGUAAGUGUUUAAAGCGUUUAAAUGAGGCAUUAAAGGUGGUUCAGGUGGUUUGUAACUUUGGGCUUUGUAAGUUUCUGCGCACAAAAAUAACUAUAACACGCUAAAGGAGAGGACAACACUCAAAAAGCAGAAUAUGGGCUCUUUAAGACCUUCCUGCUCUGUCUGUGGCUCCAAGCCGAUUGGUUCCCACUGAAGAUAUAAAUCUUUAAAACCACAUCUGAAUUGCUCACUGAUUUCCUUCAUAGUGCAUUUGUUAGGGGUAUUUUAAGCAUCAGAUUAACCCACUUUUGUGAGCUCUUGCGUGGCCGAUUUAAACAAACCGACACCAACGAUGAGCGCUAAACACCCCAAUCUAAAAUCUGAUGGGAUACUUUUCUAAAUUUGAAUCAGUAUAACUAAGUAUACAGACUGAAACGUGCUAAAUCAGUGGUAUGGUCCUUAACUUAAUCAAAAAUGUCCUCACACAGGUCUAAAUGCACCUUCCACCAUGCAGACCUGCACAGAGAGGGCUUCUACCUUUUGAAAUGUGCGUAACUGGUUCGUUAUUCUGUCACUUCUAUUUAGAUUUUUACUUUGCAAAGCUGUUGGCUGUAUAAAUUCUUUCGGAGCUCUUUUUCGAGAUGCUCGACCGUCCCAAAAGGUUUGCUGGUAGAGUCAGGCACCUGUGAAGUUACACAACAGGUAAAGAUUGGGUUUCUAGAUCAGUGGAUCGAUCAAUCCUUCACUGCCAAUACAGCUUCCCUAACAUAAUUUAACAACAGGAAUUUUACGGCCCUAUUUUCAGGGCUCCAAAAGCAUUUUAUUUGUUUUUUUAGUUUGCAGGAUGUCGAGGCUUAGUUACAACAAACUGUAUUUGGCUUUUUGUCAGACAAGUUUACAACGUGGAGUCGAGUCAUUUUGAAACAAAAUUUGCCAAAAUAGGUAAACAUCCUUGAGAGUUUAAGUGAAGUCAUAAAAUAUUACAUACCAACAGUCGGUAAAAAACGAAACACAGGUGGCUCAACUCACACAGUUGAAGCUAGGCUAGCAGUUUCCCUUAUCUUCCACUAUUUGUGCUAAGCUAGGCUAAAUGCAUCCUUGUCCUGACUGUCUGAAUCCAUCUCAAGGUCAGACAGCAGAAGACAACGAAUGAAUGAAUGUCUCUACAUGGCACACACAUCUGCACACCUGUAUACACACCUUAUUAAACCUAUUUAUCAAAGAAAAUACUGCCUGCAGACGAGCUGACUUCUAACCCAACAAUAUGUCACUCCAGUAAAAAAAAAAAAACAAGAGUCUCAAAUUUUGUACUAAUAUUGUCUACCCUGUAACGACCUACUCUCAGUAAUCUUUUUGUAAUCCUUACGUAGUGUAUAUAUUAUCGACCCAGGAGGACGGUCUUUACUGUGACUCUGUGGCUCAGCGAUGCAAAGCAGAAUGGAGUUUCAUUUCUACAAACGAAAACUGUGAUUCAGUGAAAAAGUGGUUUAUCUAAAUAAGUUUUUAUCUCCUAAACCGUCAACUAAGUUAGAAUGUCCUGGUAAGAUAGCUGCUCACAAGCGUAGAUGUGCUCCCUUACAUUAUAAAAACAACCACCAGCACCCCUAAAGCCCAACAACUAUCACCAUAAUGUCUUUUGUUUAAAUGCAAAUACGACAAAUCGUGGCUAAUGGGGAGGUUUUACUGCAUUAGCUUUUUCCAGUUUUAAUGCUAAGCUAAGCUGAUUCAGUUGCACCUUUUAGGUUUAUGCUAUGAACAAAUAUAAGGUUUCAAACAUUUGGAAAAUUAAGAAUUAAGCAAAUUAAGAAUAAGAAAACCUUUAUGGUACUGCUACUAGCGCAAAAUGAACGUGGUGUACAUUAGUUAAGCUAGGCCUGAGUUUUGAAAAGAAUGCCAUUUUCUAGCUAAACCUGCCCGUUAAGUAUCAUACUAUAUAUAUGGAUAUGGAUAUUUUUAGUAUUUAGAAAUAAAGCUACAUAGAGACCAAUUAAAAUAAACUAUUCGCUUCAUAUAUUUAUCCUCAGCUAGCUGAUGUUGCAGAUACGCUUUCAUUGGGAAACAGCAGCUAGUAGAAAUAUAAAUGCUCAGCUAAACCAGACAAAGUUAGCUUUUGUUGGUACCUCUGUGUGUACUAAUGUCCAAUCUUGUGGUUAACUAAAAUAAUAAUAAUAACUCCUUCUUUCUACAGAGGCUUCCCCAUAAAUGCUAACUGAUGCUAAGCGUAUGUGAACAUAAGUCUUUUGUUGUUAGAAAACACACACGGUCAUAAUGUUCCCAUAUUAAGAAAAUUCUCACAUUACAUUUUUAAAACCUGCAGAUUGUUUUUCUCAACCAGCUGCUAGCAUACCCUGCUAAAUGCCAUAAUGCUUCCAUUUAUUUAGUACCACAUUGAUGCCAGUUGUGCUUCCGUUGGUUUCCAUUCUGUGGAGACACGUAAUUCUGCAAUUAUUUAUUCUUUAUUUGGUUAAAGACAGUUUUUCUCUCUAGCUAAAUGCGUAAGUACUCUUACAAACAGUAUGCUGAAAAAGCUAAUUUCAUAAAUCUAAAAUUAAGCUGGGUAGCCAUUAGCCUAGCUGACUUCCUAGCAAGUUAACUAACUGGUAAUUUCUUCUUCACUCCAAUUUUCAAGGUUUGCGUCUGUAAAAUGUUUCAGGAAUUAAAACUCCAUUCUGCCAACAUCUUCAUGGUUUCUGUAUUUUCACAGCACACAGUAAAGACAUGCCUCUGGAGCACUUUUAUUCUAUUUAUACCGAUGCAUGUGAACCAUCUGUAAAAGUUUUCUCCAAAGUAGUGUAGCGACUGGAGAAUUAAUCUCUGAUAAACAGAGAAAGUAUCCGCAUGGCACUGAUGCAGCUCAUCGUUUUUCUCCACAAUUGACGUUAAACCUGUUGUUAGUAGCAUGCAAAUGGACAAUGAGCCUGGUUUUAGUGUACGCUGCUCCUUGGAAGAUGGUUUUGAUGUGUCUAAAAUACUUGAUUUUUCACACUUUCUAUCAGGACAAACUGCACAAAGCAACACAGGAGCUCACACUGAAUGUAAACACAGGGAAAUGUUGAGAGAAUCAGUUUUAUUUUAGAUUAAGUAUAUGAUUUACACCACCUCAAUUUGAGUGCGUUUCACUGGCGCAAGAUGCAAACAGCUACUGCUACUUUUGCUAGGCUAGUUAGCAGUUAGCAGGACCAGAAUAUCUGGUGUUCCUUCUCCAUUGUAAUCGGAUGUAGCUUCGUUCUUUAUGUGGUAUAUAAAUUUCCAAACUGUUGGAGCAUGAAAUUAUUUUUUCAAAUACACAACACAUUAAAAAGUGGGUAAAUUAGCUGUAGCAAAGGCUAUCUCACCAGCUAGCUGUUAUUAGCCACAUUGCAGCCACUGCAGUUGGUUUUUACAUGCUGUUAUUUUUAUUUUUUCACGUCAAUUAUGCAUUUUUAUCGGAUACAAAUUUUAUACAGUAAGGUAAAUAUAUAGUACUAUAUAGUAGCUGCUUUUUGAAAAGACACAGUACUAACAUGCUAAGUUUCACGUGAAUCUGAGAAACAAAAUGGCUAUGUUAUUGUUUUUCUAAUUGCUUCUAGUUUUUACCAGAACUUUAUAAUUUAUUUAGGAGGCAAACACUUGAAUAAUUGAUGUCAUUGCAUUACUGAGGAAAACUAGGAGAACAUUUUCUCCCUAUGCACUCUUGUCCCAAAUCAGCGUGCGUUUGAAAGCCUUCUGACGCUUCAUUAUUUUAGCUUACAGAUGCACUUUUUCCUCUGCUUUGCCUUCAUCCUCUUGGUUUCUGAGAGGGCUGGUUGUUGUUGAGCUGUUAAAUGUGGUUUUGUGUGGUUAAUGUAUUUUUCAUGUCUUUCUUUAUUAGAUUUUCUUUCUUCUAUGCUUCUGGACUCUUGAUGCGAGAACAAAAUUGCAAAUAAAACAAUCUUUUCAGCCAGCCUAGACGCAUACAAUGACUUUUGUGAGCAUUUUACAUUGCCAACAUUGAUUUUUCCACCAUCUGUUCCUGUUUUAGUUCAGCUUUCCUUUAAUUGAUUGUGAAAUAUAAAAAGCCUGAAGUGUAAAUACCAAAAAAUAUUGAUUGCUUGUACUUAAGUGAAGGAUGGUUACAAAUAAAAUAAUGUGUUCUUUUUAAA